AUAGGUCCUCUUUUCCUCCUUUCCUCUUCCAUUCCUUUUUUGCUCGCUCCCCUUUUCUGUCUCGUCCUUUCCUGAAGAGCAGAAUAAUUCACACACCCUAAUUUCCAUGCCCCAAAUUCAAUAGCCAAACCUCUCAACCCCAUCGAUCCAUUUCCGAUCAAUGGCCAAACGAACCCUCCCCUUUCUCAAACACCUCCUCAAGUCCUCAUCUUCAUCCCCAUCCCGUGGAUUUUCCCAUUCAUUAACGUCAACCCGAUCCGUCACCUACAUGCCCCGACCCGGUGAUGGCACUCCACGCGCCGUCACUCUCAUCCCUGGUGACGGGAUCGGGCCGCUCGUCACCGGCGCUGUCGAACAAGUCAUGGAUGCGAUGCACGCUCCUGUGUAUUUCGAGCGAUAUGACGUUCACGGCGACAUGAAGACUGUGCCUCCGGAGGUUAUGGAAUCGAUCCGUAAGAAUAAGGUUUGUUUAAAAGGAGGGUUGAAAACUCCGGUGGGGGGUGGUGUUAGUUCCCUUAAUGUUCAGCUUAGGAAAGAGCUUGAUCUAUAUGCUUCCCUUGUUCACUGCUUCAACUUGCAAGGAUUACCGACUCGCCAUGAGAACGUUGAUAUUGUUGUCAUUAGGGAAAACACGGAGGGUGAAUAUUCUGGCCUCGAGCAUGAGGUUGUUCCCGGUGUCGUGGAGAGCCUAAAGGUGAUGACAAAGUUUUGCUCGGAACGAAUUGCAAAAUAUGCCUUUGAAUAUGCAUACCUCAACAAUCGCAAGGCAGUGACUGCUGUGCACAAAGCAAACAUUAUGAAACUUGCAGAUGGUUUAUUUUUGGAGUCUUGUCGUGAGAUUGCAAGCAAAUAUCCUGGGAUCAAGUACAGUGAGAUCAUUGUGGACAACUGUUGCAUGCAACUUGUAUCAAGGCCUGAGCAAUUUGAUGUUAUGGUCACCCCUAAUCUCUACGGAAAUCUGGUGGCAAAUACAGCAGCUGGUAUCGCUGGAGGCACUGGUGUUAUGCCGGGAGGCAAUGUGGGGGCUGACCAUGCUGUGUUUGAGCAAGGUGCUUCAGCAGGAAAUGUAGGAAACGAGAAGAUACUAGAGCAAAAGAAGGCAAAUCCAGUUGCCUUGUUUCUUUCAUCAGCCAUGAUGUUGAGACAUCUGCAGUUUCCUUCAUUUGCAGAUAGACUAGAGACUUCGGUGAAGCGUGUAAUUGCUGAAGGUAAAUACAUGACCAAAGAUCUUGGUGGAGAUUGCACCACCCAAGAAAUCACUGAUGCUGUCAUUGCAAAUCUGGACUAAUUUCAAAACCACUUCUAUCUCUUUCGUUCUAGAGAUGAUUCAUGCUACAUGUUAAUUCAUCAUUCUUGUGAUGACUUUGAUUGUUCUCUACUUCCGUUGGUGCGGCGUGCCUUUCAAGGUGGCAUAUUCCACAAAAUAAUGUGAAUCUCCUAAGUGGAAAUAUUAAAGAUACAGGAUUUUCCAAGCUUAUAGCCAUUUAUUUCUUAUAGCAUGUUUUUGUAACGAAGGGUAAUAAUUCAAGGUAUUUCAACUUUUGAACUUGGAGACAAGCUUCUUGACCAACAGUUUGUAUGGUUUCUUUUGCCAAA